UGGAAGCCGCCGGGGGACAUCUCGGCAGCGCCGGACGCCCCGGCCGACUAGGCCGCGCCGCACUGCGCAGGCGCGAAACCCGCAACCUCGGGCGCUACCAUCGGGCCGGGCCACGGGGGUGGAAUAAAGAAGAAUGAACCGCCGCUUUCUCGUUCUUCACGUCCGCAGCUCUAGUCCCAGUCCUCGCUAAAGAGCGCCAGACGUGACGCGAGGGUCACAACAGCGCCCAAGGGGCCAGAGCGCCGGGGCCUGGCUCUCGGCCUCAAACUGGAGCCGUUCUCUGCACGAGGCCGGGUGGUUGGGAAUGGUUACGUCCGCGGGCUCCAGGGACCGUCUCUGAAGAGUCUGCCCUGGAGAGAAACGGAGACCGGCGGGAGGGCUGGGGGAAGGGACCCGGGCCUAGAGCAACUGCUGACUAAUCGGCAGGCGGGGAGGGGGUGGCGCGCCGGCCAGUCGGCCGGGGUCACGCGCCUAGGGGUGUGCGGAUUGGGUUCGGGGUUCCCGGGUGUCCGCCGGGAGCUCGAGUCCCGACUCCCCGCCGGGAGCCCCGCCCGGCCCUCCGGGGUGGGGGGCGCGCUCCGCGAAGGGGAAACUGAGGCCCAAGGAAAUCGAGUAUCUUUCCAAAGUCCCAAAGCUGAGUUCGACCCAGGCAGACCCUGGGACCCCCUACUCUGUCCACCACCCGGAAGAAUCUUCCCUGCCCUCGUCUUCCCGUUCUGUUCUCCUGGCUUCCCAGUAAGUGAACGCAUGUGAAGCACCAGCUAGCUGUGUGCUGGGAGGACCCUGGGGAACUUGGGGGUGAGUUAAGAGGAGCUUCCCCUCAUGAGCUCAGACCGCUUGCCUAGGGAGACAGGCCAAGCUGUGCUAAUAAGAUAGGAUAAGAGCCAUGAUGUGGGGGGGCCAGACGAGGGGAAGGGGACAUUUGAGCUGGGCUUUAAAGGGUGAGUAGGAGUUUGCUUGUUGGAGAGAUGGAGGAAAAGACAUUUUAGGCAGGGGAGGUUUCCACAUUUUUGCUGCAGGAAAGCAGUAGAUGCAGAGGAUGCCCUUGGCAAGGGAGCAGAGUAGGCAGCCUUCUUGUCUCUCUGGGAUCCUGCUUCCUAUCUUGAAUCAGCCCCAGGGGAAUCCUGGGACAAAGAAGCCUGACCAGGGGUGAAGGGGUUCAGUAGGGCCUGGAGGACAGGCUCGAGGCAAAGGGGGAGCACAGGGGAGAAAAAGCCUUGCUUUGUGGGCAGGGAAUGGCCAUGUUUGAAGGCCAAAGCUGGGAUCAGCUGGGCAUUACGUUGCCUGGGGUGGUCAUGAACUCCUGGCCUCAAGUGAUCCUCCCACCUUGGCCUCCCAAAGCAGUGGGACCCUGGGGAACUACUGUGCCAGGCCAGGAAAGGAUUUUCCUAAUCCCCAUUUUACAGAUGAGGAAAGAGAAGCUCAGAGGUUGGGAAACUUGCCCAGGGACAUAUAUCAGAAAGAGGUGGAAUGGACACUGGAACCUUCUGGUGCAAAGGGGACUAUGGCCAGAGGCGCUGUGCUCAGGGCUGGGUAGGAAGGGGAUGUCUCAGUCCCAGGUCACUUAGUAUGGCUCAGGGUGUGGGACUCCUGCUGCCCCUCCACCCCUUCUGCCCCAACCCCUCCCCAAUCUGCUUGCCCAUUGGGUGGCCCCACCCUCCUGGUCAGGGGCAGCUGAGGCCAUCUGGAGCCCUAAGGCUGGGCACAGUAGAGGGGAAGAGGGAGGAAGGUGGUAGUUUGAGGGAAGGAGGCAGAAGAGGGCUAGAGAUGGUACUAAAUUUGCCCUGGGGAGCUGUACCCCUAUUUAUGGGAGUCCCUGGCCCUGUGCCUCCCACUCAAGACUUCAGGGUCUAUUAGGACUCAACUCCUGUCCCCUGCCCACCCUCACCCAUAGGCAAGAUAAGAUGAUUAAUAAGCACAUGGGAUAGGGUCUGAGCUCCACUGUGGCCAGGCUGCUGGGUCUGCCUCUCCAGGCGCAAUUUCCAUCUCUGUAAAAUAGGGCCGUUGGUAAGGUAGUUGAGAGGGUGUUGAUGAAAUAAUGCUACGUUAAUAACUGUUGUUAUGUUUUCCUUACCCCCAGCACCCGGCCCCAGGACCACCCUCAACCAAGCUAUGUGUGCCCAGGGCCCCCCUGGCCAGCUGUCCCUGGCGCUGCCUCUUGCCUCCUCAGUCCUGAUGCUAUUACUGAGCAGCCUGUGGCUGGUGGGGGCCGGCCCCAGCCUGGCCCUGGCCCCGGAGCUGCUGCUGGACCCCUGGCAGGUGUACCGGCUGCUGACCCAUGCCUUGGGCCACACGGCCCUGCCUAGCCUGCUCCUGAGCCUGCUGCUCCUGCCUGCCCUCGGAUGGCAACAGGAGUGCCACCUGGGCACGCUGCGGUUCCUGCACGCCUCCACCCUGCUCGCCCUGGCCACUGGCCUGCUGGCUGUACUGCUGGCAGGCCUUGGGGUGUCCAGUGCGGCCAGCAGCUGCGGGUACAUGCCUGUGCACCUGGCCAUGCUGGCUGGGCAGGGUCACCACCCUAGACGGCCCCAUGGGGUGCUGCCACCGUGGCUGCUGCCGUGGCUGCUCCUUGCCCUGACCCCACUGCUCAGCUCCGAGCCACCCUUCCUGCAGCUCCUUUGUGGCCUCCUUGCUGGCCUGGCCUAUGCCGCUGGGGCCUUCUGGUGGCUGGAGCUGUCGGAGCAGCGGCUGCAGGAGCUGCAGGAGGGCGUCUUGUGCAAGACCCUGGCAGGGUGCUGGCCGCUGAAGCUCUUUCCCACCCCGGGCAGCCUGGCCGAGCUGCCUUUCACCGAUCCUGCCAGAGUGAGGCCUCCCGUCCCUGGACCUCCUUAUGUGGCCUCCCCUGGCUUCUGGUCCCACAGCGAAAGCGCAGCCCCGCUCCCACUGGGCCUGAGGUCUGUGCAGCUGACCUGGGAGGGCUCCUCAGAGGUGGGCCUGGACUGGGCCGGGGCCACCUUCUCCCCAGGGACUCCGCUGUGGGCGGCCCUGGACAACCAGAUGCUGCAGGAGGGGAUCCAGGCCUCGCUCCUUGACGUGUCGGCCCAGGGGGCCCAGGGCCCACUCUGGCUGCCCAAGUCCUCCGUCUCCUCUCUGCGGCUGCAGCAGCUGGAGCGCAUGGGCUUCCCCACGGAGCAGGCAGUGGUGGCACUGGCAGCCACGGGCCGCGUGGAGGGUGCCGUGUCACUGCUGGUUGGAGGGCAGGUGGGCACAGAGGCCCUGGUGACCGAGGGGAGAGGUGGGCUUCCCCACCCCGAGGGCCCUGGGCCCCCCUAGCCCAGGCAGAAGGUGGGAGCACUAGGCCCUUGGGUGAUGAGGUCUGGCCCACAGGCAGGUAGCCUGAGCCCCCACUCUGUCUACUAAGGGCCACCCGGGGGGCAUGGGGGCACCCCUGGGGGCAGGAGAGCCCCCCAGCAUGCUGCCCUGGUACUAUUUAGAAUAAAAGUCAGUUUGUUAUUCAA